GUAUACAAUCACAAUUAUGAAAAAGAUAGGACGGGAUCUUUGUCGAACAAAUUCAAUUUAUGGAGUCUUGUCUGUAUCUCUAUUUCGAUAUAUAAACGUUAUGUCGUCGCUUAAUUUAAAAAAAUUGAAGAGAAGAGAACCACUAGAAGUUUCCAAACCUAAGAAAAAGAUAGAUAGGUUUGAUGGAUUAUCUGAAGAAGAAGUGCAAAAAUAUACAUUGGAAGAUUAUUUGGAAAUGAAUCUAGAUUUAGUCUUUGUUGGAAUCAAUCCCAGUUUAAUGGCAGCACAUCGUGGUAGAUAUUAUGCAGGUCCUGGUAAUCAUUUUUAUAAACUAUUACAUGAAUCUGGCUUAACACCAAGAUUUGUCAGUUUUGAAGAAGACUAUAAGCUUUUGCAAUAUGGUAUUGGCCUGACAAAUAUUGUAACACGUCCCACUAGGUCUGCUGCAGAUCUCAAACGAACAGAGAUCAAAGAGGGUUCAAAAAUAGUGGAAGAGAAACUAAAAUUGUACAAGCCCAAAAUUGCGGUAUUUAAUGGUAAAUGUAUUUAUGAAGUGUUUGCUAACAUCAGAGCUAAUAAAACUACAUUCCGUUUUGGAUUACAACCUGAAUAUGUUGGUGACACUGCAAUCUGGGUGACACCGUCAAGCAGCGCACGAUGUGCCAAUUUUCCUAGAAUGGUUGACAAGUUACACUUUUACACGGGAUUGAAAAAAUAUUUAUGUUUCCUGAAAGGCGAAAUCACUAAUGUCGACGUAAAGGAAUUCGAGUUUGAGGGAAAAUGCAAACAGUCUGUGCCCAGCACUUCCAAAAUGUGGCGACGAAAAAAUAUCUCCACUUUCUUACAUGGAGGCAGAGUUGCUAAUAAAAAUACAUUUUGUCUCGAUACAUCAGAGGAAGAUAUUGCUGCUAUUCAUACAGUAGAAUUUUUAGUAGAAAAAGCUAAUCAUAAAAAAUACAAUAAAGAUGAAGAUAUUUGUAAUCAAGAAAAUGGGAGUCAAAUAUUAUUCGAUAAAGUUGCAGAAAAAACUGAAGAGAAUGUGAAGAAAAUGAAAAAGGUCAUAGCUUCUAGCGAUGUCAGUGAUGAAAUGGUGGUUACUAACUGCUUAAACAAGGAAGUUCCUGAUGCUAAUAGAAAAAAAUGUAAUCAUGUGACUAAUAUUAUAUUAAAUCAUGAGAAUGUAGCAAAAUGUGAAAACAAUGAAAAAUGUAAAUCUUCGAAAAUCGCUCAUAGAACUGUAGAAACUCGGAAUAAUUUAAAAAAUAGCAAUAGAAAUAACUCAUUAGAUUUUAUAAGCUUAAUCAAGCAAAAAUUAUCUCAGAAAAAUAAUAAUAAUGAUACUAUCUCUGUUACCUCUGAAUUAAAACUUAGUUAAAAAUAUUUAAUCAAACAAUAAAUAUAUUAGAUAUAAGUAUUAGCAUAUCUGGUUUACAAGUUUUAACAUUAUAUUAAUGGCAUGUUUAUAUACUUUAUUUUUACAUUUUAGUUUUGCUAUUAAAAUAUUUAUUAUGUAUGGAA